AUGUUUGAUAAAAGUUUUAAUUAUUACAUUCCAAAAACAAGUUCGAAUAGCGAUUAUGAGUAAAGAGAAAAAAAGGAUUUAAAAAAAUAGUUUAGAUAUGUAUCAGUAAAUAAAAUGGUGCCGUCUGACAAAGAUAAUUAUAUUCCUCUUGUAAGUCCAUAAUUAUCUGCCUAUGCAAAACCAAGUGAGAGAAUUAAAUUAUAACAAAAAUUAAUGAGAGUCAGAUAAAAUAGAUCUCUUAAUUUAUAUUCUGCCAAACAUGAUCCAUUCAAUCAUUGCACUGAUGAGUCCUAAUUAACAAGUGAGGAUUAAUUAUUAAAGAUAGUUGGAGGCCAAAUGUUGUAAACUGGCGAAAAGUGUUAGUCUGUUCAACGCAAGUAUAGGAGGAAGCCUAAGAGUUUUGUAGCUCAUCGGAAUAUAUUUUCAUUGUAUGUAUAAGAAUCAUUAGAGCUCAACUAAUUGAGAAAGAAAAUGAAUCCAUAACUGAAUUAUAGUAGGAUGGACUCUCAUAUAGCCUAAAGAUUCAAUAAAACAUAAAUUGGGUUUAACAAUUCUUUUGAUUCAAAUUAAUAUGGAUUUUUAUAAUAGGGAAGAAGGUGUUAAAUGCAGUAGAAGUUCAAAGAUUUUUUAAAUUGA